UACUUUUUUUUUUUUUUUCUUGCCACUGUCCUUCGUUGCUGGGUUUUCGUCGUUUCCUCUUGGCGACGGAUGGCCGAGGAGGAAUAGUCGAGUAGAAAUCUUCAGUCGCCGUCUUCAUAAAGCGGCUUAUCGGAUCUUGCCGAUUUCCAGAUCUGUGGUGGUUGUAAGGUUGUUCUGUAAUUAGUACAUCUAGUGUUGGAGGCUCCAUAACCUUUUUCUAUGCAGUCCUAGGAGGAAAUCAGUUAUACUCUUGCCUUAAAUGCAAAGGCAUAGAAACUCUGUUGAAUCAAUUCCUGAAUCUCUUCAAAUUGUCUGUGGAUCUGAUUCAAAUAGCGCUGGUAUGGAUCAAUCAUUUUUUGGGCGUAGCAUGGUUCUAAAUUCUGUGGAGACCCCUACCUUAGCGGACUAUUUAUUAUCUCCUAAUGAUACGGACUUGGAUUACCUGAACAUGGCCCCUCGAGAAACUGAUGGUUUAAAUAUCUGGAAUUCACGUGACCCUGACUCUAGUGCGUAUAUAACAAACCAAGAAAAUCAUGGGACUAAAAUGGAUCAUGGCUGGAAUACUUCUCUUUCAAUUAAUUCUGCUGGUGGACGAAGAACAGAUGAAAGGCCAUGCGAAGGAAAUAGAAAUCUGUCAUUCGACUAUGCAGACUUGAAUCUUAAUAAUACUCCUGCUGAUGAUGGUCAGGCAAUCACACAAAGGUUGAAUUCAAGUGAUGUGAAUCCGAGAAUGGAGGAAAAUGUGCAGGCUGAUCCUCAUAGCCAGAUUAUGGAAGUAUCGUCAUGUGCUUUUGUACUAGAAUUCCUUGAACCUGAGCAUGUUCCUUACUCAAAUUCUAAUGUAAGCUCCUCUAGUGGUGUUGGGAAGGUCUCAGAAGAUGAUGAUAGAGCUAGAAGAUCAGUUGAUAGACAGCGUAUGGCUUGUAAGAGGAAAGUCAUGGAAGGGGUCAGUGGAGAAUCUUCAACUAGUCGUAAUAUUUCUGCAGAAUUGGACAUGCCAAGUUCAUCGAGGUAUCUUCCUGCAGCUACUGGCUUAGAAGUCAAUCAGAGUUCAGGUUACAGCACCAUGCAUGGAGGAGUUUGUUCCGAUUGGAAUCCAACUUCUGGCAUUUCUGGAAAUGCUGAAACCUCACAGAGGAAUAUUCGGGCGAGGCUUAAUACUGCAUGCCAGCAUGAUAUGUUCCCUUUUCAUUCACAUUCUGCAAUGACUAGUGAUAGACUUUCUAGUAUCUGGUCAUCUGGUGAUCCAUCUUCUAUUCUGAAUCCUUUCAAUCACUCAGCAGAACAAAGCCAGCCUCACAUACUGCUUCCUGGUUUGUCUAGCAGCAUUAACAAUUCUCCAUCUACGUCAAGAUUUGGUAGUUCGUCACUUGCAGCCUAUCCGCAGCGGAGAUUAGUUGCAUCUCCCGAGGAAGCAAAUAUUACAAGCUUACCAAGAAAUGGCAUUUUUGACCAAUCAACAUUUCUUACAAGAACUAAUGUUAGUCAUCUGGGUCAGGAUCCACCAAACUGGGAUCCACCUAAUUCAAGCUUGAGUGUGCCAGGGAAUAGAACUAGCAGUAGUUUAGGCGUCAUGCCAUCGCCAGGAUCAAUUAGGACACCAAGUGAGAUAGUUCCUGCACAGUACCACAGAAACUUUUCUGAGGUUCUAUGCAGCUCUUUGUUUCCAUCGGGUGGGUCUGAAUCUGGAUAUCAAAGUAAUAAUUUGUCUUCACGGCAAUCUGGUCGUUCUGCUUCAAUACAGGAGCCUGAUCAAUUAUCCAGAACUGUACGCCAAGGACAUUCCCCAUUGUAUUCAAGGGCAGCAGUUUCUAUAGAUCGACAACGUGAUGGUGUUUCAGGCUUGCCUUUGUCUGCUAGAAGCAGAGAUGGGAGAAGCAGGAUGAUAUCUGAGGUAUGCUAGAUAUGUUUAUUCUCA